GAGAGAAAGAUCGAUGGCGGGGACGAUGUCACGAUGGUGGGGGGAGGGGGAUUCAGACUGAGGUAGAGGAUGAGAAGGUGAGAGAACGUGGGUUUUGAUCGGAGAACAGGAGACUCCGAUUUGCUUUUUUGUAGUGGUGAUGUGGACAAAAAAUUAAUAUGUGUCUGUCAAUGACUGGACAGUCGUAUUAGUGACGUGGUGCGAGUGCCGCACCUAAGAAUCUCUCUCGAUUAUCUCCGGUGGUGUCGUAUUCCAUACCGUAUAAUAUCGCUUCCACGUGUACACGUUACAGUCACAGAUCCUUCACUUCUCCUGGUUUCGAAAAUGACAUCAUGUCAUGGUAUUUCGUACCUUUCCACUAUUUAUUAUUAUUUUCAAAUUUCAAAACCAAACAAACCAUAUCUCUCUCUUUCAAAAACCCAAGACAAAAAAAACUCAGAUACUAAAACAGAGAGAGCGGUAUAGACAUCAGCAACAACAAUGGCCACUCCAGUGAGAAAGCCCCGCCGCGACACCGCUGACAUGCUUACGUGGCAAGAGGUCCCCCGCUCUGACUCUCCCGCCACCGCCCCCUCCAAACAUCGCUCUCACCAGCCGUCGGAUGGGAUCAGCAAGGUGCUCCACGGCGGUCAGAUCACCGAGGAAGAAGCUCAGAGCCUGAACAAAAAGAAGCCCUGUUCCGGUUACAAGCUGAAGGAGAUAUCCGGCAGCGGCAUAUUCGCUGGCGAAGGCAAUGCGGAGCCGGAACAACCAGGUCGGGUUUACCAGCAGGCGGUCAACGGGAUCAGUCAAAUCUCGUUCAGCGUUGACGAGCACGUGACCCCGAAGAAGCCGACGAGUAUUCCGGAGGUGGCCAAGCAGAGGGAGUUGUGUGGGACUUUGCAAUCGGAAUUGGAUUCCAAGACUCAGAAGGGGAUUUCAAAAGCGAAGAACAAGGAGCUUAGUGGAAAUGACAUCUUUGGCCCUCCCCCAGAGAUUGUUCCCCGAUCGGUUAAUGCUGUUGGUACCCAUGACUAUAAUAAGCAGGGUAAAGAUUCCGGGGAGCCAGCGCCCAGAAAUCUUCGAACUUCUGUCAAAGUUUCCAAUCCUGCUGGUGGUCAGAGUAAAAUCUUGUUCACUGAGGACCCUGUUGUCAAGACUUCCAAGAAAAUUCAUAACCAGAAGUUUGCAGAGCUGACAGGCAAUGACAUAUUUAAGGGAGAUGUUUCUCCGGGAUCUGCUGAAAAGCCCCUGAGCACAGCUAAGCUGAGAGAAAUGAGUGGCAGCAACAUUUUUGCUGAUGGAAAGGCGGCAUCAAGAGACUAUCUCGGUGGUGUUCGCAAGCCCCCUGGCGGCGAGAGCAGCAUAUCAUUGGUUUAAGCUGUCAUAAUCUCUAACUGGUCACUUUCUGUCAUUUCAAAUAAAGUUGAUCUCAGUGUGAACUCUGUUUUGACAUGUAAAACCCUUGCAUACCCUUGUGAUGAUCAGCAUCCUGAGUUUUGAAACGGUAGUAGUGAUAUAUUUAUAGACGAGUAGUGCAAAACUUGUAGUCAGAAAAACAUGAGGUUUGGCUAAUUGGGUUAUUUUUAGUUAUUACAAGUUUCUUUAUCAGUUUC